AUGGCCUCGGUCAUUCGAUGUGCCGGCAACUACUUUCUUGCGUUGAUCACUCAUAAUAGUACUGUGGUGGUGUGGCACAAAGAGACCUGCGAAGAGAUAUACAGGCUGCAUCACGGUGAAUGGGUUACCAUACUUGUCAUUGAUAAGCCUGGACGACUGGCGGCCACAGCCGGGAGGUACACUUUUCAGGUGUGGGAGCUAAUAACCGGCGAGCAGCUCUACAAGUUGCCGAAGAUUAGUCAAUCCCGGACCAUGAGCGUGGACUUUUCUCAGUCCGGAAGCAAACUUCUCAUCAGCUACGACGACUGCACCAUGUCUCUCUAUGACCUUGAAAGUGGCAGCGAAGAGACUUUAUUCGCCGAGCCCAACAUAACCCUGUGGGAUGAGCAGCAGUCUCAGAUGUUCCCCAGUCCUAAGUCACGGAUGUGCAUCCGCAAAGACGACAAAGACCUAGAGGUGGAUGGAGACGAGGUCUUCAACUCGCCUGAAGUGGUUCGGUGGUCACACGAUGGUUCAACUGUGUACAUUCUUUACCAGGACGCCACCAUUCUGGUAUGGGAUCUCAUAGAAGACGGGCAGUUCGAGCGCGGGGAUACUGGGGCCAGAGAGAUGGUUCUCAACAGCGACGGUACACUACUCGUCACGAGCGGUAACGGCGGUUCACUGCGUGUUUGGAGUCUCCCAACGUUUCACCUCAUCUACGAGCUGAACUCGGACGAGUUCGUUUGCGAUCUCAGCUUUAGUGCCGACAGUCAGCGGAUCUACGAUCUGCGUGGGUCAGGAUGCAAUGUCUGGGCACCUGAUAUUCUCAUCAGACCAGACGCUUUGGACCACAAGGAAACCGCAAGCAGCGUAGACGCUUCGUUUGUGUCCGAUGUAAUGUCGGAACCAGUGCUCGCACAGGAUCAGCAGGUCCAACGUGGACAUGUCACUGCACUGAUAUGUGAUGACCACGAUGAGUUCUUCUGUGUUGGACGAGAUGACGGAUUAGUCAACAUUCAUGACAUGACAGACGGAAAAGUAGUACGGAAGGCUUAUAAGCACUCAGCCACUGUCGACAUUGUGGUGCUGGAAUGGUCUGCCUCCCGCCGAUUCAUCGCCUCUGCUGACGACUCGGGGAAGGUCAUUGUGAAGAAGCUUAAGAUCAAGGACGAUGGGAAAUGGGCCGUUUUCCCCAUGUUUGACCUCCGCGUUGGGGAUGCUGUGAACCAACUGCUGUUAAACCAGACUGAGACUCACCUGCUCGUAAGCACCGAGUCGUCAGACCGUGUGUGGGACCUCAAGACAAAGAGCAAGGUUUGUCGGAGACGAUGGGAUUGCAAGGCUGGCCUCAAGUGGCUGAAUCAUCCCGAGGAUUCGGCUCGUCUGAUAUGGCUCAGCAACGAACAAAUCCGCAUCCACACGUGGGCUGGCUUAGCAAGUGAGGACGAGGAAGACGCCAUGGUCAGCACCACGGAAGAGUCCAUUGGAGAGAAGGAAGAGAUAUAA